AUGGGCUUCAAGUUUCUCUUUGGCACGCUGAAGUUCCGCUUCGCGAGUGUGAAGUUGGCGGAUGGCACUGCCUUGGGCUGGAGAGCCAGCGCUGGUGUAGAAGUGGUCAUCGAUGUGGCUGCGAUGGAAGAACUGGCUGAUGGAUUGGACGAUUUGAUGGAGGCCAUGGCAUUCCUCCAAGACUUGCACAGGUCGACCGCGGAGGACGCCUGGCCAGGGCGCCGCCUACUCACGGACUGUGUCUUCGCGCUGGACGUGUGCGGCCUUCUUGUAGCCCCGCAGAACCGUGUGGAGGUUGUGGUCGGCGGCGACGAGGUCGGCGAGGGCGGAUGGCCUGAGCCAAUGAGACAGAGGAACGAGGUGAAGUGCUCUGUCAUCGACACUGUAGGGUUCAUCCUCUAUAUGGCUGAUGGGAAGCGUCACCGUGAUGAUGUGAAGAGGUGCGUGCCGCAAGAGGCGGAGGUCAAGUUCGAAGCCGUGGGAGGAGUCAUCGUGCGCGUCGCCAAGGAGCUCGAGGAUCGGACUGCUGCGGAUGCAGGCUGUGGCAUAGGCGCCGAUCUCCUCCUGCUUGGUCUUUUGGGAAAUGGUGCGGACGCGUUUCCGAUUGAUGAACUCAAAACCAACCACAUUCAUAGUUUGGCACCUCAGCACUUGGAGCCUUGGUCUCGCUGGGAUUGCCCGUCGACGGAGCCUUUGGUGGAGGUGGAGCUGGAGCCGCCUCCUUUGGAGCUGCCUUUGCACUCGAAGCAGGAGUGCGCUGGCGUCUUUGCUGGCGCUUUUGGUUGUGUUUUUGCUGCUGUGCGUGGCUUGGGCUUUGUUCCUAGAUCCUCUGAAGACUUGGACCGCUUGACUGCUAGCAACUUCGGUUUUGCUGCAGGCUUAGGCUUUGGCUGGGCUGGAAGUAGCAAAAGGCUCGGCGAGCGUCUUGAGGGAUGGCCUGCCAUGCGUGAAGAGAGGCCGCAAAUGGAUCGUGUACAUCAUCCGGAGGUGAAAGAGAAGGUGAUCCAGGUUGAUGAGAAAGUGCGCGAUUGGAUGCCGUCGAGUGGUCGUGAACUGGACGGUCAGGCGCUUCUGGCGUUUGGUCUGGAGCGAUCGCGUUUCCUGCGAGGGUGGUAUGGACUGGGCUUCACUGGGCGCUUACUCUUUCAUGAUUCUGCCAUCUGGUUCAACUUGACGGCGCAGGCGCUUGGAGUGCGAGCCCUUAAGAUCGUCUACAAGAUACAUGAAGGCGAGCAUCCUCAGCCCAUUUGCCAUCCUGCAGCAGGUGGCGCUCUUUGCUUCACCUCCUUCUUGAUGGUCGAUGCAUGGCGCUCAUACGUUGGCAAACUGGCUUCCUGGCCACGUCGCGCGUCAAGCUCAGCGCGUGCCUGCUUCGCAUUCCUCUUCGACGAGGAUGCGCGAGAAGAGUGCUUGCUGUUCUGCCAAAGCCUGUCCCAACAAGGAGACGAAGGGUCAGAAGCAGCUUCUGACAUGGUGCUACGAAGGGUGCCUUGA